UCUUUAAAAAGACCUUCGCGCGAGCCGGCCUGCUAUCCAGUUCCGGGCUGUUUCUGCCGAGGAGCGCGUGCGCGGGAGGGAGGCUCUUCUGCUCGCGCUGAAGUUUGGCUGCCUUUGCAGGCGCUGCGCCCGACCCACAUCCUCUUUGCUGCCGUCGCCAAGGGAUCAUGCUUGCCUUCGGUUCCGCCCGGCGCCUCUUGCUGCUCCUUGUGCAGCCUCAGCCAGGCCGGGCCGCCGCCGCCGCUGCCACCGCCGAGAAGUUGCUCCUGCUCCAGGUUUCUCCCGCGCUCUCCCUAAACCCCGCCGGCCGUGCCUGCAGUGGCAGCAGCCGCGGCGCCCAGCGGAGAGAGGAGGACCGGGACGACGACGACGACAACCGCGGGAACCCUUUGGUUUACCUGGAUGUGGGCGCUGACAACCAGCCGCUCGGCCGGGUUGUGUUGGAGCUGAAAGCAGAUGUGGUGCCAAAGACAGCAGAAAACUUUAGAGCUCUCUGCACUGGAGAAAAGGGCUUUGGGUACAAGGGAUCCACCUUCCACAGAGUGAUACCAUCUUUCAUGUGCCAGGGAGGCGACUUCACUAAUCACAAUGGCACAGGAGGCAAAUCUAUAUAUGGCAGUCGAUUUCCUGAUGAGAACUUCAUUCUCAAGCAUGUUGGACCAGGUGUUCUGUCAAUGGCAAACGCUGGGCCCAACACCAAUGGUUCUCAGUUCUUCAUUUGCACAGCCAAAACAGAUUGGCUGGAUGGAAAGCAUGUUGUGUUUGGCCAUGUGAAGGAAGGAAUGGAGAUUGUGAAAAAAAUUGAAAGCCUUGGAUCCAAGAGUGGGAAGCCUUCAAAGAAGAUUGUCAUCACUGAUUGUGGUCAGCUGUCAUAGUUUGGCAUCUUCCCACUUCUCUGGAGAAACACUGAAGCAUGAAUGUGAAUGGUCACUCGCACGUUUCGGGUUUGGACUGUACUAAUAAGAAAACGAAACCUUGCUGAGCCAUGAUCAGGGAAUGACAGUUAUCUAUGAAGACAAGGAAUCCACUGAAAUCAUUUUCAGCUUUUUAAAAUUUUGAUGCUGUUGUAUUAUUUCAUAUAUAUUUAUUAGAAGAUUCUGACUAAAGCUUGAAAGCAGAAAAGGCAAGAACAAAGGCUUCUUAGAAAACCUCAGAAAUCGCUGAUGAUCCAAACUGUGAAUCUUAUAAAAGUGGACUGAAUUUUAA